CGUCCUCUCGGGGAUACCAAUGAAAGGCGGGAUCAAGCGGGACGUUGGCUUCCUUUUACUUCCUACUUCCGGUUGGCGGUUUUUUCUGACAACGACAUCCAGUUUUGUUGCAUAGCUAAACUGGAGUUUCUUGGCCUCUUGGGAUUUUCCCCUAUUAGGUAGCAAGAAAGAUGUUUGAAAAUAUCAGAUCUUGGGCUGAGUAUAUUGUGGAAUGGGCUGCAAAGGAUCCAUAUGGAUUUCUUACAACAGUGAUCCUCGCUCUAACCCCUUUAUUCUUGGCAAGUGCAGUGCUAUCAUGGAAACUGGCAAAAAUGAUUGAAGCUAGGGAACGGGAGCAAAAAAAGAAGCAAAAACGCCAAGAGAACAUUACAAAAGCUAAACGUACAAAGAAGGACUAAGAUGUCAAUUUCACUGGGUGGAAUUUUUCUGGCAAUGCACUGUUACUGUAUGCAUACCUUUUUGUGUUGUAUCCUUGCAGAAGCGGGACAUGAUAAAUUUCAGAAUUCCUGUAAUAAUGUGUUCUUCAUUUGUGCUAUUAAAAUCUGUGGUCAUGAACUUCAAUUGCUUUUUAAAGAACUCUUCUCCUGAUAUUUUUUUUCCUAAGCUGGGAUGUAAGCAAAAUGUAAGUUUAUAAUACAUGUGUAACAUAGCUUCAUAAACUAUGAAUUAUGAUUUUCAUUAAAAAUCUCUUAUGAUUUUA